AGAUGGUUUGCCAAACGAGAAUGACUCCGACAAGGAAGAAGAAACUGGUAGAAUGACUGAAAGAGGGAGGAAAGAGUUUUGUGCUUUGAGCUCAAAGUUCCUUUAAAAGUCUCUUUUCUGUUUGAUCUGACGGAUGUGGAGAAGAGGAACUACUCUCUGCACUGUUAUCUCUGUUUGUGUUUAUUACUCCACUUUAAACUACGAGCCGAGAGGAGCAGGGGACAGAAUGUCCUCCACUCUUCCCCGUCAUGUCAUCUGGGAGUCAGAGGGUCUGGUAGCCUACCUCCAUCCACAGCCCUGGACCCCGGGGUCUGUUAUCCUGGAACACAGCUCCCCUGGCAGCCUGGGAGGCAGCAUCUUCCACCUGGAGAAGCAGGAGUUCUCGUCCUGGCUGUUGGGGGCGAGAGCUGUUUCAGAGCUGCUGUGUGAUAAGCUGGCUGUCCGGAGGUGUGCGCUGGUCAGCAGACCCCGCAGAGACAGACCGGCCCAGAUCUGUGUCCUCCCUUUACAUGGUCUUGAUGCAGAGUGGCGCCCUCACCUGGCAGGAGAAGAAGAGCACAACACCCACGACCCUGGAUACUGCACCUCUAGGACAGCUCCCAGGCGGAGUGACUCCAGCUUGACAGACAUUCAAACCAAAAUCCGAUCCCAGCUCCCCGUCCCUGACGCCCCACAUGACCUCACGUUCCUCGGGGACGACCCGGCUCACCCGGGUUUGUUCUCACGGAUCGUCCGUGGGGAGCAGCAGCAGUGGAGAGUGUGGGAGGAUGAGAGGCACGUGGCCUUUCUCACUCCUUUCCCAAAUUCUCCUGGUUUUACCGUGCUGGUCCCGCGUCGACCUUUGACAUCUGAUAUAUUCAGACUAGACAAAGAGGACUAUGAGGAGCUGGUGCUGGCAGCCCUGAAGGUGGCAAAGCUUCUAGAGGAAAGUUUAGGUGCCUGGGGGGUUGGGCUUAUUUUUGAGGGUUUUGAGAUUGACUACGCCCACGCCAAGUUGAUACCACUGCUUCUACCUCCAUCAUCAGGCACAGAGGACUCAACUAGACCAGCAUCUCCUCAGUUUUACGCCACUUAUCCGGGAUAUGUGAGCUCAGAGGAUGGACCUGAAGCCAGCCAAGAAAGUCUGAAGGAACUACACGUCAAAAUCACUCAGACUUAAUGCUCAUACCUGAAGUUAAUGAGACCUUUACGCUGUGAAAGAACUGAAGAAACAACAGGAAGUGUGUAGGCAUGUACUAACAACCGCUUGUGAAGAUGAAGGUGAGGAUGAACACCUUCAACAACUGAUGGGUGGAAGUUAAACACAGGAUCCAAUGCAGGUUUGAAGAUUUAUCAAGGUCUCUGAAACCACAUGGCAUAAACACAGGAAUCAUUCUGACAUCACAUAAUAUUAGAAAAAUGAUAAAUUAGGAACAUUAGAAUAAUAAAUGAAAAAAAAAGAAAUAUAUUAAAACAAUAAAUAAUCAAAUAAAAUUCUGAAAAUAAGACCAACUCUAAUUUGUCUGUUUAUUUUGAGUGAUUAACAAUUAAUGUAAAUACAAUUUUAAUCAAUAUACAGAUCAUUGUUUUUCAGGAUAUUGUAUUUCCAAUUUCCUCAAAUUGUAGAAAAUACAAGCUAUUUUGUGCACUUUUAUACUUUUAAAGCGUUCAAAAUAGGACUCAGUAUUUCUUUUUUUAAUUCAACAAUGAAUGCAUCUUUUUAAAAAAUCAAUAUUGACUGCAAUCAACAAACAUCCUUCCUUUGAACACUUAUCUGCACUGAGUUCUGUUACUUAUGAACACUUCUUUGUGUUUAGCUAUAAAUGAUGAACAUUUGAAUGAACCUUUAUUUAUAACUCAAAAUACCAGACAUCCAGUCUGAGGACAUCAGAGCACAGACAAAAGUGACAUCAUAUGAUUUUAAAGUGAUGAACUGGUCUCUAUUUUAAUAUAUAAAUCAUUGUAACUGUUUCAAUCUCUGAGCUUUACAUCCGUCCGUUCUGAUUCCCUCUGAAACAAACACCAGUUGCUGUAAUGUGAUCAUUAAACAGCCUGUUUGUGUUCCUUUAUUAAUUACCCUGUUAUGUUUAGUCAGUUAACCACUUAAAUAAUCUGCAUCUCAUUACACUGCUGCUGCUAAUUGGUCCCAAAGUGGAUUCCUAAUUAGGAGGUUCUACGAAUGAGUCGGUAAGUGCUCGAUCUGUGCUCUGUAAACCGGUUUCUGCUCCAGGCUGACGGUAAAGGAGACACAAACAGGCCUGUGUGUGAGCCAGGAGGACUUCUAACAGCAGCUGUCAUAGAUGCUGAACUUCUUAUUGAACAGUGACCAAAAUGAGUUGUUUUGAAAAGUGUUGUACAUUCAGCCAUACAUGGAUGUUCAAAUGUAAUGUUUACUUUGGAGUUUGGCAAGCUGUAAUAAUGAAAUGCGAUUGAGUUGAAUGUGAUUCAAAAGUGCAACAAUAACCAAUCAACCAAAUAAAGUCUGAGCUUCCUCAUUCA